CUACUUGUUUCAAAUACUACGUUCUCACCCUUGAUUAUGGUGCAUUAGGGGUUGGUACCCCUGUAUAAGCAACUCUUAUUUUCUCAUUUGUUCUCUACUCUAUCGCUCGUGAAAUGUGCUUUUGUUGAAAGAAAAAAAAAAAAAAAGAAAAAGAAAAGAAAAUGAUUUUGAUUUAGAAAUAAUAUCUUUUUGAGAGCAUAAGAAAAUACAGCUACAGAAUGAAACGAUCGCUAACAGAAGAAAAUGGAGAUACAAAAAGAUCAUUUGUCAAACAAGAGUCUGUUGCAUUUACAUACGAUGGAACAUAUACGAAUUAUCCCUCAUCUACUACUUCGGCAUCUACUUCUAUUCCUCAACCUUUACCAGGACAACCACCAUUACCUCCUAUGCCUCCACCCCCUAGCGGAGUUCCACCUCCUCCUCAUGUUUUUGGACCAGUGCCUUCUCAAGUUACACCGUUACAAACAUGGGCACAAGCACCCACGCAUUGGCAAUGGAUAACUCCACAUGCCGCACCUUUACCUCAAAGAGAAAUUCAACAUAUUCAAAGAGAAAUCGCACUGAGAGGUAACUAUAUGAGAAGAGAAAGGUUCUCUCACAACAGAAAUAACAUGCACGUUCAACGAAAUAUUUUCCACCGUAAAAAUAGAAGACUAGCACGAUUUGGUCAACCCCAGGGCCAACCCCAGUUUGACCAAGCUGCAUAUUUUGGUGCAGCUUUAACAAGUGGUCUGGGUUUAGAGUGGCAAAGAAAUAAUUACACUACGUCGCCGAAUGAAACUAUUAUGAAUCAUAUGUCUGUCCCCCUUUCCAAUCAUCCCAUAACUCCCAUAACCCAAGGAAUUAUAACUGGUGGUAGACAUGGAGAAGAAAAAGGAGAUCAGGAUGUUAAAAUUGUAUUGGAAGAGGUAGUGGUUAAAAAGAAUAAACAAAGAAAGCCUAUGUCACAAAGUUACCCCAGUCGACCGUGGAAUCGUGAGGAUGCUGAAAGAGCUUUAAAAAUUGAAACAGAGUAUAAUAAGACUGUUAAAGCUCAGAGUUUGAUAAUAAAAUUUCCAGAUCCUGAUCUUAAUAAGGAUAUUGUCAGAGAAUUUCAUUCCGGUAUACAGAAUAUUCAUUUUCAAAGUCCAAGUGGUCCUAGAUAUUGUUUUAUUCAGAUGGCAGAACACGUUAAUAUCGAUGAAGCUAUUAAAGAGUUAGAAAAGAUUCCUUUUGGUAUUGGUAAUUUAAAAGUAGAAAGAAAAUCUUUACGGGAUGAAGAUAAUCCAAUGCCUGAAGAAAUCGAUCCUUACACUUUGUACAUAGGAAAUUUACCCGAAUCCGUUAAUGUGAAUGAAGUUAAAAGCAAGUUUCCGACAGCCGCUAGAGUGGACGUUGGUUAUGCACAGAAAAUGAGAAAUACACGAUAUGCAUUCAUAAGAUAUAAUAGUGUAGAUGAAUCAAUAGCGGCUUAUAAACAGGCACACGAUUUGAUGUGGGAUACAAGAAGUAUUAUUGUAAGAUUCAGAAGACAACGUGGAAAUACAUGUCUUCCAGGAGAGCCUAAGCCUAAUGUAAAGAAAGUUAAAGAAGAACCUAGUAAUACUUCACAAGCGAAAGAACAAAAAGUAAACAAUAAUGAAAAGAAAACAACACAGCAAGAUAACAGUAGUGGGGAGAAUAGAUUGCAAGAUAAUAUUAAGACACAGGGUAAACAAAAUAAUCAAACUCAGCAGCAAAGUACUGAUGCACAAUCUUCUCAAUUACCUGCAUCCGUGACGUCUGUUAAAACGGCACAACAACAACCAUGGACAUCGCAAUCACCGCAAAUACCUUCGGCAUCUGAAGCACCACCUCCAUGUCCAUCAGAAACCGAAACAGUGCCAGAAACGAUAAUAUUAACAGAUAUUAAAGAAGAACCGGAGGAUUAUGAGGAAAUGGAUAUGGCAUGUUUACCAUCUGACGAUGCUGAUGAUGAUGACGAUGAAGACGAAGAAGAUUUAGAUGAUGACGACGAUGACGACGACGACGACGACGACGACGAUGACGACGACGACGACGACGACGACGAUGAUAACGAAGAAGAGGAAGAAGAUGAGGACGAGAUCGAUCAUGCUGAAAAUUUAAUAUUUAAUACCAAACAGCAGCAUACAGUAAAAGAUACAGAACCAUCUGAUCAUCUUGAUCAAAUGUUUAAUGAACUGGAAAAUAUGGCAAGCGACAUUGGGUUUUAAUAACACAAUUAAAAUCACAUUAUAUGUUAUAAUGAUCUCUAAUAAGAAAAUGUUGCAAACCAUCUUUAACAUACCGUAUGUAAAUAUCAAUAAUUGUAAAACGUAACAGGUGAGACUGCAUUUGUUUAAGUACAAUAUUAUAGAUUAAGUGAAUUUACAUAUAUAAGUUCUCAUAAAGUAUAAGUUUUUACCAAGAUUCCAAUUUUAAGUUCAAACUAUGCCUGCAUGAAAUAAAUUCAUGAUGCCAAACGAGUACAAUUAAAUAUCUUACGAAUAUUUUAUUUUAUACGAAAGACUUGUUGUAUAUUAUCGUUUUAGUUGCCCGAGAAAUCAUUAUUUUUCUGUAAAUAUUUUUAUUAAUAACGAAAGCAACCGUGUCGGAUACUUACGCACAUAACUAGAUUGAAAUUGCGCUAGAAUUUUAUAUCUAUAGAAAACUAUAGAAUCAUUUUAUAGGAUAAAAUGAAUUAUAGAAUAUAAUAAAUCAUUGCGACUAUGUUUGCAAGUGAAUCUUUCGCAUUAUGAUGUAAGUAGGCUAACGAUGAUUAACAAUGAUAUCGAAAUAAAAUUUCAUUUGAAAUAGUUUAUUUAACAAUUACGAGUUACCACAUUAUAAUGUCAUUUUUCAUUAGUAAA